AGAUGGGCACCUCCCUUCUGCCUUUGCUAUUAAUUGGCGCAUACCUGGCGGCUGCACUGAUUGGUGGAGCCCACUCAGUGGGGGUGUGUCUUCAAGAUGGGAAACACAAGACCACGCCCAGUCCAGAGGCGCACCUGACAGAGUGCAGGCUGUAUGCUGACAAUAGCUGCUGCUCUGAGGAACACAUCCAGGACAUCGCUUAUGUUCCCUCUGCCAGCAAUGAGAAUGAACCCUGGGACAAGUGUGGACCUGUGAGCCCCGAGUGUGAGGGCUUUCUGAAGCGCGUGGCAUGUUUUUACCGCUGCUCCCCUGAUGCUUCCCGCUGGCCUCAUCCUCACCGCCGCUCAUACAUCCAGGCUGUGCCGCUCUGCCACAGCUUCUGCCGUGAUUGGUUUGACGCCUGCAGGAUGGACAUGACCUGCGCUCGUAACUGGGCCAGAGACCCCAGAGGACAGAACUGUACUGGGACCUGUGUUCAGUAUCAGCAGAUGUACCAGCAUGGCAGAGACCUCUGCGAGAGCCUGUGGGGCGACGCCUUCAUGACGGUGGAGGAUGACCCCCAGGCGGUGGGGGACGCCGGAGACACGGGUGUGGAUGGCCGCCCGUGCGGCUGCCUGACCCUCAGUCCCUCAGACAAGGACGUGAUCGCCAACCUCAGGGCCCAGCAGGACGACCCAGAGGAGCUGGACACCACCAAGGCCGGCCUGCCGCAGUACCGGGCCCCCUGCAAGGCCAAGCUGCCCGAGCCGGCCAGGAGCGGCAGGAAGGGGAACUUGGUGCUGCGCAAGCGCUCGGUGGAGAUGGAGGACGUGGAGGGCAGUGGGAGCGGACUGUAGAGGAUGUUAGAUGAAAUGUGUUUAGAGAUCAUUACAUAGUUCCUGAUGCACAAAUUAUAAACGUUAAAGCUGAACUGUAGCCUUCCUGUUCUGAUUCAUCUUAACCACAAAAACCUAACAGCUCCUUCUCUCCGUCACAUCUUUUCUGGGUGAUGUGGAACUAUUUAUGUGCUGUAAGUUAGGCUUAAUGAUGAAAACACACCCAGUCACUUCAACAGCAGGAACAUUGUAACAGUAUAAAUAUAUUUCAAAGUACACGUCAAUCCUCGGAGGACUCUGAGGUCGACAACUUAACAUAAUAUAUAAACGCAACGUGUCUCACGCCCUGCUGUGUUAGCAUGUCUGACUACAUCCAACCUGAAAGAAUUUAAACCAUUUUCAAUGAGAUUCUGUUAAAAGCUUAGGAACAAUGACUAUCUUACCUGUUGUAGAUAGCUCUUUGAGCGACUUCCGUUUGGAGAAGCAAAGUUUUGUGAGCUGACAGCUAAUCCGAGCGCAGCAAAGCAUCUUAUAACAACUCCAACCCCAUAUUUCACUUCACACAAACGCUGUCCCACAAACAUUUACAUCAUCAUCAAGGUGAAAGGUGAAACAAACACACCUGCCUUCACCCUCAUUCGCUCCACUCUGGGCCCCUGAGCAAGGCCCUUAACCCCAUCAUC